AUGCGAUUUACUGAAUUACAAAAUCUAACUAAUGAUGUUGACGAGAAGAAAAAAAAAUUGCGAGAAAAAACGGGCAAAGAUUUUGUAAUUACGAAUGUUCAGUUCAAGAAUUAUGUCAGUGACUUACGGAGUAAAACACAAAGUUAUAAGCAAAAACAAGUGGAAAUAAAUAAUUUAAAAAACGAAAGCGCUAUUUUAGCACGUACAAUCCAUAUUCUAACAAUUCAGUGGAAUGAAUUCAAGCAAAAAAUUGUAAGCUAUUUAGUUCUAUUGUUUUCUUUUAAGGAGGAAAAUGGAGGUCAAGUAAUCCAAGUACCUGACCUGAGCAUUGAACACGAACUUCCAAUCUCAAAACCAAAAACAAAUGAUGGAAAUGAAUUGCGUGAUAUGAUCAGUAAAUUGAAUGAGCAAAUAGAUUCAAAGAAGAUGACAAUACAAAAACUCAAGAAAUUGAACGCAGAGCUGAAAGAAGAACUUGUUGUAAGCAAUUAUAAUGCUUUAAAAAUUAAGGGAUUGUAUGAAAUAGACACUGAUAUUCAUUUUAGACUAAUUUUUAAUCUGAAUAUUUGAUA